AUGUUUCAACUGAUCUUAAUUCUGAUCUACUCAUCUCACGCUACCUUCGCCUGCAAGUACCUUCACUCGAUUCCCAUACUAGAGACCAGCGCCUUGCAAAAAUUUAGUGCCCCUGCGUACAUUCCCUCCAUCGCAGAAAUUCCUCAGGAAAUAUCCUUUAAUUUGACCAAACUUUUCCAGGAAAAACUAUCAAUUGCAACACGGGAGGCACGACAAGUGCCAGUCUUCUUCACCGAUGCCACAGAGAGUCAUCCGUUCGUUAUCAAGCAUGCCAAAGACGGUUCCCGUAUUCUCACUAACGAACUCCCUAUUGACCGGGAAGAAAUUUGUGAUCCUUUCAAAUACCCACACCACGCCUCCGUGGCCCGUAAAUGUUGUGCGAGCACAGAAAGCAAGGAGAGAUACGGAACCAGUCCUUUUGACCCUCAGCUCAAUUUCAAGUGCUGCGUCUUUUUGGGCAUCACCGUUGAGGGGUAUGGAACCUUUGCUCUUCGUGUUGAAGUGAUUGACAUUAACGAUAGCCAUCCAAGAUUUACAACGCCUCCAGAGAGUACUCAAAGGCACGCAGGGAAGGACGACUUGGUGGUGGUAAAAAUCGCUGAGAACACACACGAGGGAACGAUUAUUCCUCUUCCACGAGCAGUUGACUUGGAUGAAGGCAGAAACGCCGAGCUGUUGUUCCGCGUUAAAAAGCCGAACCCAAUGACGUCGUGGGAACAGCACUUCAAACUCCUCUCCGGACCGGAGGACCGCUGCGCGACCAGGGCGUCAGACGAACCCGAACAGAAAGAAUUUUCCCCUCCUGCCCUGUGUCUACUUAAGCCAAUUGAUAGAGAGACGGUAUCCGGUUUUACGUUUGAUUUAAUUGCAAGAGAUCAAGGGGAACCGGUGGCUUUAUCAACGACACUAUCGGUUUCCAUUAUGGUUCUAGAUGAGAACGACAACACUCCUACCUUCAGACAGAGCGAAUUUAAGGUUUUUGUGAAAGAAAAUGAGGUUGGCAAGACACUAGUGCACCUUCAUGUCACUGAUUUGGAUGCAGGUGAGAAUUCGCGUUUGAGUUACUUCCUUCGCCCUGGCACGCAUUUCGUUGGCAAUCAGAAGCCAUCCUCCGAUUUCCUCCGGAUGCACAUACUUGCUUCGCCCGCUCUGGAUGGUGUAGUGCUCCGGCUCAUUCAACCUCUCGACUACGAAUCCGUUAAAUCAUUUGACUUUGAGGUUGUAGUUCAAGACUACGGGACCCCAAGACUAGCGUCUACUAGCACGGUCUCCGUAGAAGUUCUGAACACGAAUGACCAGCCUCCAGUUAUUCGGUUCUUUAACAAAGGCAACCUCCUCAAUUCUGACUAUGCAAGUCUUGAACGGGAAGAGGAUACCGACAAUCAGUUACCCAAGGUGAUUUGUCACGUACAUGUCUACGACCAGGACACCAGUUUGGAUGAAGUAUUUUGCGACAUCAGCUCCCAUCAACGUCUGUUUGACCUCAGAGAGGUAAGCAGCGAGAACACAGUUCAGCAGAGGAAGGUGUAUGAGUUGAUCAGCCUGGCCCAGCUUGAUAGAGAGAAAGCGCCUAGCUACUCGGUCGGUGUUCGCUGCGUUGAUGGACGGACAACCACUCGCUUAAUUGGUCAAAGUCAAAUUCGCAUUUUACUUAAGGAUGCGAAUGACAACCCACCUGUGUUUGAAAAGAGUCAAUUCUUUGGGACGGUGGUGGAGAAUGAGGCUGAUGCCCUAGUGGACUUUAAGGACUCUUUUUCGAACUAUGGAAAUCCGACCGCGAAGUUCGUAGGCCCUUCUCAUAUCCGCGCGACUGAUGCAGACACUGGACCCAAUGCCGCAAUCAGUUACUCACUUGCGGCGUGGACUCGCGAUGCAGAUAAUUCAACUCAGUCAGACAAGGCCGAUUAUCAGUCUUUCUACAUCGAUCCAGUCACCGGGCAACUGAAGACGCGAGUCCCGCUUGAUUUUGAAAAGAAGUCUUCUUAUCACUUAUUGUUAAUCGCCACUGACCAACCUAUUGAUGCUUCUCAAGCUCUUUCCUCAACCGCCAAGUUAACCAUAACGGUGAAGGACGUGGAUGACAAUCCACCCACAAUGCUGCAGCAGCAUUACGCUUUUGAAGUGACAGAAGGCGUGCCGAGUCACACCGUAGUUGGCCGAGUAGAAGCAACCGACAUUGACAGUCUGCCCGAAAAUCGUAUCAUCAAUUAUCACUUAAAGGCGACGACAGACCCCGUUACCAAAUCCGACGCCUCCGCUUCCUACGCCGCUGCGGCCGCUCUUCAUUACUUCACUAUUGACAGGCAUUCAGGUGUAAUCCGUACAGUGCGUCCACUGGACCGUGAACAGACGCCAAACGUCACGCUCGAAGUUGUCGCGCAUUCCAGUUCCUCUGGUAUUUCUCAAACCGCCAGUCCUUCAUCACCAUCCUCCACGGCGACCGUUGUAAUCAACGUGUUAGACAAGAACGACAAUGCACCCUACAUGGUCUCUCUGCUCUCCCCCGAUCGAACGCGGGUGCUGCUAGCUGAGGUCGUUAUUCCUCCAGACAGACUUCAGGGUGAAUCUCCCAUCUGUGUGCCCUUUGCCUAUGCGUUUUACGAUGACGAUGAUCAGUCCUGCGGUAAUGGCAACGUCUCCGUAACUCUCGACAAUAAUCCAAACUUCGUAUUCAACGAGGAUCACAGUCAGUUGUGCAUUAAAGAUAGCAAAACGAAAUCAACUACUCUUCCACUCCCUGGACGCUAUUCUUUGAAUGUAUUGGCUCAUGACAACCCAAAAGAGGCGAUUCAUAGAUUAACUAAGCGGUUCCCAUUGAGGGUGCUCGUCCAGAGUCCUGCGCAAGAAUCUCAGGGGCAGGUCGGGGUAGCAAAAAAUCGGGAGUCGAGUCAAAGGCGUCAAGUGAAUUCUAUAGGAGUGGAUCCAGCAGGACGACGGUCGACGAAGCCAAGUGGUGCGGAUCGCAUUCUUAGUGGGAGACAACAGCACCCUCCCACAGCUCUCAACCGAGGCGUCGCAAAUAAUGGAGAAUACAAAAACGUGACAAUUAUCUCGGUGUUGUUGUGUAUGGCAUGCAUCCUAUGCAUAAUUCUUCUCGCCAUCCUUCUAUUCGUGAAGAAAUGCACUCCAAUCAGAAAUUUCGCAAAUAAAGGUCAUCACCAAACGCCCCAGACUGGUGGUCUCGGACCCACGGCUCCCAUGACGCUCCACGACCUGUCGCCCAAAGGUGGGCAGUUUGGAACCGUUGGGCGCUAUCCUGAAUUCGACCCUGAACAAUAUCCCUGUGUUGAUAUUCAGCCUCAGAUGCUGGUCACGUUGCCUCCAGGUUCAGAGAAGAGUUUCGCCACUAUUUCACCAACCGGUCAGGUUGUGGGUAGCAUGAUUUACACUGACGACGCAAAUCGAGUGAGCCCUCUCACUCCCUUAAUUACUCAGAAAAACAACCUUAUGCCGUCUGCAUGCCACGCUGGGAGCCUCCAAAAGGUUUCACUAUCUCCUAUUUACGGAACAUCCAGUGUCGGAGGGGGAGUGGCAGUCACUGCUGUAACCAACAAACCCCCUAUUCACCCCAUUCCACUUGUUACCCAAUAUCACCCACCUCCACCGCCUCCCCGCAUUACCCCAACAAUUCAGUCGAAAGGCCAAACUUACAGCACCCUUCUCCCUUCAAAAUCCUACGAUGAACUCCACCGCUCUUCAUCUAAAACCAGAACUCGUGAGCAUCAGCAGGACCCUCUUCUUGGCACCUACAAGGCGUCGAACCGUCCUACGCCGAUAAUUUUCAGAAGGCAUCAGGACGGGUACCAGACAUCGCCGAAACAGUUAACUAGCUCGAACAAUCAUGAUUCUGUUUCCCUGGCACCAGUGACUUCAAUGACCCUGGACCACGGUUCUGCAAUCGCAUUUGCGCCCGAGCAUUUGACAUCAUCACCAUCUGGGUCCCCUUCUGAUACUCCAAACCAGUGCGUAUGUGGACAGGCCAGUUUUGUUUAG